CAUUCCGUGUACCAUAGUUUUGUUUGAAAAAAAAAACAGUUCACAUAAAUAAAAGUGUGUUGAAAUUGUGUUAAUUAAAUAAUUGUAUUAAAUAAUUUAAUAUGUAUUAAAUAAUUAAGUUUCCAACCGGAUGAAAUUAAUAAUGGCUAUAGCUUGCAGAGCCUGAACCCAACCCCCUACAUUUUCGGUUCUCCGCUGAGACGCUUCUAACAUGGAGAACAGACACUCGAUCAGAUUUGCACCCCCGGAGAGGAGCAAAUCCACUCCUCCCUUCCCUGUCAGCGGACGAGCAUAGUUCCCACCGGGGUUGGUUACCCGGUCUUCCCUAUAAGGUUGCUCAUACCUCAGCCAGCACCACGGGGAAGGAAUAAAAGGAAUGCAGGGUUGCAGGGAAGAGGCUGGGGACCGCGAGAUUGGUCUAUUUUACUCCUUCAAGUACGCGAAGUACCAAUGUCGCAAUAUCAUGAUCAUCAAAUGCAAAAAAUGUGCCCACAUACUAUCGGAAACGGAAUCCGGAUACAUUCUGUCGGUUCAUAACGAAAACGCCGCUGGUGAGAACGAGGAUGGUGAAAUUUGCGAAACGGUAGCGGAGAACGCAGAGGUAUUCAUUCACGAGGACCACCUACCCGAGUGGGUUCGAGCGGAGGUCGAAGAAUCACAAUGGACCAAAGGGAAACUGAAAUGCCCCAAAUGCGGGCUCAAGGUGGGAUCGUUCGAUUUCGUAUCCGGCACAAGAUGCAAAUGUGCACUGAACAGCGUUCUUCCCUCGGUGCAUUUUAUUAGGAGUAAAGUGGAUGUGAAAAGUUGAAGAACAAUGAUUUUCGUGUCAAUAAAUACUUUAUUUCAAACUCUUAGGCAUAAAAGAUACAAAAUAUUUUUUUGUUUGUUGAUUGGUUCAUCUUAACUAACCUUAGAAUUUACUACAAAUAUGUACGCGUUUGCUGCUUUGAGACGAAAAGUUGAAACAUGUAUAAGUGUACGUGUGUAAAGAUUUAGCUUCCGUUAAAAACUCUUACUCAUCUAAUAUCACAUGUCAUUUUGUUCGAUCUUAAUGCAAGAUUUUGUCUGCAAUCGUUUUGUUUAAUAUGAAGAGAAAAUGAUUGUUCGCUUCCUAAGUUGAUUUUUUAUGGUGGUGAGUCGGUGUUCUACUCCAUUAUAGUAGCUCUAAAUAGUAAUACAAAUAAAUAAACCUAGACUAAGGACAAUUAAUUAAAGUACAUAUUAAAUAAUUGUAAUGGAA